AUGACCUUUGACCCUCACAACGUCGACCUUACAACGGCGGACCCAACUGAAGUCGUCUGCUAUCUCGAUGCCUCAAGCAACGAAUACAAUGGCCAACUCGGCGCCCGCAUCUCCUCGAUCUUUGUAAUUCUCGUCAUUUCAUCCGCCGCGACUUUCUUCCCCGUCCUCGCCAAACGUGUACCUCGUCUCCACAUCCCAUUAUACGUCUACCUCUUCGCCAAAUACUUCGGUGCCGGCGUCAUCAUCGCUACAGCCUUCAUCCAUCUUCUUGACCCCGCGUAUGGGGAGAUUGGCGGCGACUCCUGCGUCGGACGAACAGGUCACUGGGCCGAUUACUCCUGGUGUCCCGCCAUCGUGCUCACCUCCCUGAUGAUUGUCUUCCUCAUGGACUUUGGAGCCGAGCGCUGGGUCGAAGUCAAGUAUGGUAUCUGUCGUGAGGACCCAGAGCCGAUCAUGGCUUCGGGCGUGGAGGUCCAGCGCGUGAGUUCCAGACAAUCAAGACGGGAACUCGAGCACGGCCAUAACCAUGAACACGGCCUGGCGACAGACAAAGACCAAGACAAGAAACACAUGAAGGAACUCGAGAGCCAAAGCCAAUUGUCGGAUGAAUUGAGUAUCGAGCGCAGUUUCAAGCAGCAGAUUGCCGCAUUCUUGAUCCUGGAAUUCGGCGUCAUCUUCCACUCCGUCAUCAUUGGCUUGAACCUCGGUGUUGCCGGUGAUGAGUUUGCUACUCUUUACCCGGUCCUCGUGUUUCAUCAAUCGUUCGAGGGACUCGGUAUCGGUGCCCGAAUGAGUUCUAUCCCCUUCAAGAAGGAUUCCUGGUUGCCUUGGAUGUUGUGUACUGCGUAUGGUCUGACCACGCCCAUUUCGAUUGCCAUUGGACUCGGUGUGCGCACGACGUAUAACCCGGGCUCGUUCACGGCGAACGUCGUCUCCGGUGUUCUUGAUUCCGUGUCGGCGGGUAUUUUGAUCUAUACCGGUCUGGUGGAGUUGCUGGCGCGUGAUUUCUUGUUUGAUCCCCACCGCACCCAGGAUGAUAAGAGGUUGACUUUCAUGGUUGUUUCGCUCUUGCUUGGAGCCGGAAUCAUGGCUCUGCUGGGCAAAUGGGCCUAG